AUGGGACUAUUCGCUUAUUUAGACAUCCGCGUAGGAAACAAGGAUUUGGGGAGAGUUGUUGCUGAGCUCUCUACAGAUUUGGCUCCUAAAUCGUGCAAGAAUUUUUUGGAUCUUUGUAGAUCCAAGAGUUACAACAACACCUGUUUUCAUAGAGUUAUUCGAAACUUUAUGAUCCAAGCUGGAGAUACAGACCACAAGAUAAUAGACAUAAAAAACUACCCUCCACCUGAUUUAGGGAAAGGAGGUAAGUCUUCUUUUUUGUCUGAGUACUUCGAAGAUGAAAACAAGGUGGCCAUUGACAAAGCUUUUCUGCUUUGCAUGGCCAAUCAAGGUACAAAGGACACUAAUGGCUCUCAAUUUUUUAUUAGCACCACGCCAUCCCCUCAUUUGAGUGGGAAGCACUCCGUUUUUGGCAAGAUAAUUCAUGGCAAGUCCAUAAUUCGGGAGCUUGAGAAAACUCCAGUCAUUAGCAGCAAGAAUAGUGAUCCUCAAGCAUGGAUACCUGCGGCAGAUAACAUUGCGUUGAUUUAUGAUUGUGGUGAAUGGAAAGAAGGAGAUUACCUAUUCUGCUACAACGCUUGUACAGAUAGAAUCGGUGGAGAUAUUUACGAAGAGUAUCCAGAUGAUAACGACGAAAACGAAUUGGAUUUGGAAGAUCCUAAAAAGACUUUACAAGCUGCAACCACAAUCAAGGAAUCGGCAACACUUUUAUUCAAAGCAUCCAGGCUGGAUGAUUCACGACUAAAAUACAAGAAGGCAUUGAGAUAUUGCAACGAACUUAUACCAGAUCAAGAUUCAAACCCAGAAUAUUACAAGAAGUUCUUAGACCUGAAGAAAACCUUGUAUUUGAACCUUGCUUUGAUUGAACUAAACCUCAAAAAUUACCAGGGCACUAUAGAUUACUGCGGAUACUUGCUCGAAAUGGACAGUGAUGUUACGUUGACACGGACACAAACAUCAAAAACCCUUUACAGGCUUGGAAAAGCUUAUCAUGGCCUCAAAAAUUUCGAGGUUUCGUUAGAGUUCCUCCAAAAGGCUAGUCUGAUCAAUCCUGAUGAUCAGACAGUCAAGUCAGAAAUGGCUUCUGUCAAGAAGUUGGUCGAAGAUCAAAAGCAAACCGAAAGGCAACGGUUUGCCAAAUUUUUCAGUUAA